AUGCCUCAGUGGUCUUUCCCAACAUCCAUUCCGUAUUCGCCUUCCAAGGACGGAUAUUGGAGCCCUGUCACAUCAACACUGAAUUGGUGUGAAGAGGAUUACUAUGCGACCAUCUACUCUGCCGAAAUCGUCAAUAGUAUGACAAAUCUCUUGUUCAUGUGGCUCGGAUUCAAGGGCAUCCAGAGCUGUCGGCGAUAUGGACACGACACGAUCUUCCAGGUAGCUUUCUACGGAUAUCUCGUAGUUGGGGCUGGAAAUCCGAUGCAAUUAGUUGAUGAGCUCUCGAUGAUCUACACGACAUGCUUGAUGUGCUAUGCCUCAUUUUCUUACUCACGACCCCUCGGCUUCCGUAUUGUUCUCGCCGUUGCAUUGACAAGUUUGGCCGUCUUCAUCACUCUUUACUACCAUUACCUCCAGGACCCCGUAUUCCAUCAAAAUGCGUAUGCGCUUUUGACGAUCGUCGUCGUUUUGAGAAGCAUGUACACCAUGGAAGUGACACUUCGACCCUCUUUGCGGCACUCGACCGAGGAGGACCGGCUGGCUCGUCAGAAGAAAGAUCUGCCCGUGCUUUCCAAGGAACGACAGCAUUACGAAAAUGUCAGGGACGUGAGGACUCUCAAAACAAUGUGGUUCAUGGUUGCCUACGGACUAGCGAUGUUUCUGGGAGGAUUCUUCAUCUGGACUUUGGAUAACCGAUUUUGCCCUACGCUCCGCAGAUGGCGUCGGGCGGUCGGGCUUCCUUGGGGUCUUUUCCUCGAGGGCCAUGGUUGGUGGCAUGUCAUGACCGGUAUUGGAGCUUACCUAUAUAUCAUUUGGGGUAUCUGGCUGCGCCAUUGCCUGAACGGACGGCAAGAGGAAUACGAGCUGUGGUGGCCUCAUUUCUGGAACUUCCCGGAAAUUGUCCCUGUCAGUACUGACUCCGGAAGUCGACCGGCCAAGAAGUCAAUCUGA